AUGUCGAGCCCUGUGCUAGAGCCUCUGUUGGCCGCUCUGGAGGCGGAUGCCCACGGCGAAGAUGCACUAUGGAGCUCUGAGGCUGAGCAUUUGAUCCGUGCGGCCGUCCUUGAGGGCGACCAGGACGGUCUGCACUCACUCGAGAAGCACAUCUCUCAGAGACUCAACACUCCUGUGGCCUUAAACGAAGACGUCUCGCCCCCAUGGCGCACCGCUGCGCGGCUCAUGUCGAUGAUGUUAUCGCAAGCUGGCUGGAAGGUUGCAGAGACAUUCGGUGCUACGUGGAUUCAGCGCACACACACUCACCUCGAUCAAGUCGCGCAGCGCCUUCGCACGGCUGGUGCUUUUGCGGCUCUGGACACAUCGGCUCAGCUGGCGGCGUUUGUCAUGACAGACCUUAUGGGUCGUGAGAGUACAGCGCAUCCCGAGUAUCAUCGCGUCGUCGUGGCGCCCUGGAUCAGCAAAUGCGCCCAGGCCGUCCUAUCCCUGCUGGAGCUCGCUGCCACGCACCCUCUGUCUUCGGCCACCGCUCUGGCCAUGAGCCGGCUCAUGGAUGUGCUAGCUCUUCACGUGGAGCUGUACGCACACACCUAUCGCACGUUCACCCCGCGCAUCCAUGCGUUGUGCAUGCAGUUGCUGUUUGGUCCACUUGCGUCGCCAGCCAGUGCUGCUGCGCCUCUUCCGGAGGCCUUGGCUCACAGCACCAUGGCCUUGCUAGCUUCACUUCAUCUUACUGGCGCCCUAACUAGCGAUGCAAGUAUGCUAUCCAGUGCUGCAAGUGGCAAGGUAUCACAGGCUCAGCUGUGGGCUGCGACCGUCACUGAGAUGUUGGACGCUGCGAUGCUCGCGGUGUGCGGCAGCGUUCCGUCGAUGGACUGGUUCGCUCUCGGACUCGAUCCUGCUCUGGCUCAGCCGCGCGCUCUUGCCUGGGAGCUGCCCUCUGCCGACUAUGAUGAAGGUAUUCCCUGCAGCGUGCGCCGCUGCGAAUACUUGCUAGGUUCGGCUGCCUCGGGCGCUAUGGGUAUGGUGCCGCUGUAUCUGACGAUGCCAACGCCCCGACCUGUGCCCGUGCCACUUUCCCGCUGUGUUGCCCUGGCUCAUGCCAUGAUGCAGGCACGCACUACAUCGAGUCGUGCGACCGUGGACCAAGCGCGUUUGGAGGCGUCAGCUGCACCCAAGCUCCGCUGGGUAGGCACCCAGUUCCUUGUACAGCUGUCACUGGCUUUCCACGAGGCCGCAUGGCCUCUGAUCCACGGCAGUGGUGUGCUUCGUACCUUGUGCUUGCUAGCUGAGACGGAGCGGGGCUCGGUGCGCCUCGUGGCAAUGCGCGCUCUCCAUUUGCUACUUUCUCGGGGCUUGUGCUCAUGGGGCACAGAUCGUCUGCCCGGCGCCGGCAUACCUCUGGAUCCCGCGAGUCCUCUGGUACAGCGCAUAGCGCACGCAGCCAUUCAACCAUUAAGUGAGCUUGUGGUGCUAGAGCCCGAGUUGUGGACAUCAGAACUCCCGUUAAAGCGCCCUCGCUCCUUUGAGAGCGAUACUGUUGCGCAGGUGGAUCGCAUGCCACAGGAUGUGAUUCUUGCCAAGUCGUCGCUUGCGUGGGACAUGGCAUGUGCAGGCGCUCUUGUCCUCGUUGAUGUUUUUUCCUACACAAGUACGAGUGCCGCACCUGGACACCGAGACUUGGCACGCGCUGGGGCCUUGUGCCUGCUCGGCGCGUGCGAGGCCGUACUGGGCGCACGGUUGGUGGAUGCCUCGGAUUCGACACACGUGGUGGCAGGAGCCCAGCUUGUGCAAGCGCUUGGCCAGCUUGUAAUGAUGCACCAUAAUGCUCUUGUAUCGCACAUUCUGGCGCGAGUCUACGCUGUCACGAUGCGUGGCGCCCAAUCAUCGACACCCGUACUUCGUGCGGCGUGCCAGGAUGUUCUGGGUGGAGUUCUGACAGUGAUUCGUCCGCGUGCUCCCCCCCUUGUCGAUGCAGUCGACUCAAGCGCGCUGGAGGAACGCGUUGAUGCGGAUGGCAGCGACCAGAUCCCCAUGCCGCUGCCGGGCUGGCGCGGCCCUGUGGCUGCAGCGGCCGAGAUUGCACACGUGGACGCGGUUGUACCUGUGCAGCCUCUGUCGACGGCCACGAAUGAACCCAAGGCCCCUGCAACAUCGACUGAAGUGCCAGCAACAGAGUCUCCUUGUCUGGAGCCUACUCAGGCGGCGCCUCCUGCCACAAUCGAUGUGCCUGCGCCACCACUGGCCGAGCCGACGUUGGCCCCUGAGGCGCCACCGAUGGCAAAGGCGGUCGAGGCUGAGCCGCCUCGCCGUGGGUCUCCAGUUAGCAUGCCUGCUUCGUCGAUGCCUAUGUCGAAGGGCGCUGCUGCACCCACUGACGACUCGGACGAGGAGGCACUGCCAGAGCUCCACAUGGACGUCUCGGACGAGGAGGACGAUGAGUAA